AUGGUGAAUGAAAAUGACACUGAAAAUAGAGGCAACUUUCUAGGACUCGUGCAUCUUCAUGGAAAGUACGAUUCGGUUCUUUGUGAACACGUUACAAUGCUGAAGAUGCAGAAGAAAAUUAUUCUAUCUUACCUAUCACCUGAAAUUCAAAAAGAAUUCAUUCAUUGUUUGGGGAACCAUGUUCGAACAAAAAUACUUGCUGAAGUGAGGGAAGCAAAGAAUGAACUGGAUAUCCAAAAUUGCCGUGGACAGGCAUAUGAUAAUGCAGCUGUCAUGUCGGGAAGACAUUCUGGUGUACAAAUGCGUAUCAAGGCAGUUAAUCAAAAUGCCCAGUUUGUUGCAUGCACUAAUCAUUCAUUGAAUCUGGUGGGUGUACACGCAGCUUCAAUCGCAGUGGACUCAGUUUCGUUCUUUGGUUCUAUGGAGAAGGUUUUCAAUUACUUUUCAUCCUCUACUCACUGCUGGAAAGCUCUUACCGGCGUUACAGGUCAAGGAUUCAUGCGCCUAAUUGAAACACAAUGGAGUUCUAGAUAUGAAGCCGUAUCUAUCAUGAAGACCCAUUACGCUGAGAUCCUUGAAGUGUUGGAAUCACUUGCAGGAAACACAGCGGAAAAUGCAGCGACAAGAUCAGAUGCUGGUUUAUUGCUUAAUGCUCUCCAGUCGCUAUCAUUUUUAGCCUUCCUUGGACUAUGGAGUCGAGUUCUCGUGGACAAUCGAGAUGUUCUGGUCAAUGAUGGAUUUGAUUAUGCCAAAAAUAUAUGUGAAGAUCUUGGCAUCGAAAUAACUCUUCGACGAAUAAGAAAUUUAAAAAUUAUGGCUGGCGAGAAGGCUGCUGAUGCUGGACUAACUUAUGAAAAUCGGUUAAGGCAAGAAAUGUUCGAAUCGAGAGACAGAAUUAUACAAGAAAUCAAGACCAGAUUUCAGCAACUGAACGAGCUGGAUGUCAAGUACUCUUUUCUCACACCAACUAACUUACUGAACCCAGAAUACAAGUGUAAGGUCGAAGAAGAGCACUGUGAUAUCGAUGUGGAUGGAAAUCGAGAGGGAGAGGUUGCGCAAUUUCGUUGCUUUGGCUGA